AUGGCGGAGCGGGGACGGGCCGCCCGGGGCCGCCCCCUCACGGCGCAGCCGCCGCGGCCGGGAGGCGGUGGCGGGGCGGGACGGCGGUGUGAGGGGACCCGGUGCACUUCCCAGGCAUUCAAGGAGGAAAAGAAAUCAAGUGGAUCCAAGCGUGAAGGCCCAGAUGGAGCUAAGGGUCAUACAGAAUCUGCUUCGAGUCCUGUUGCAGAAACAUUCAGAGUUAUUCAGGGAGCCAUCAGUAAAGAAUUUGUGAGAUCUACGCAGGGUGUCUUCCAGUUUGAAUUAUCUGGUGAUGACGGAGGCACUUGGUACAUCGACCUGAAAACCAAUGACGGGAGCGCUGGCUUUGGAAAGCCUCCUGUGACGGCCGACGUAGUUAUGAGCAUGUCGAGUGGCGACUUUGUGAAAAUGUUCACAGGUAAACUAAAGCCAACCAUGGCCUUCAUGUCAGGAAAGUUAAAGAUCAAAGGUAACAUGGCACUAGCAAUAAAGCUGGAGAAGAUGCUGACACAGUUUAACUCUAAACUUUGAGGGGAAAGCCUUCCUAACAGAACAUUGGCCUUUUGUGUAUAAUGAUAAUGCUGUUUUUAAAUGCUAGUCCUUUCUGAUGAAAUAUAAUACGUAAGAAUAAAAUGUGAGACUGUUAGAGGAGAAAUAACCGAGUCUGAUUAAGACUAGAAGGCGUUUGUCUUGAUUAAACGAAUUCCUUCUUGAGAACACA